UUUCAGGGGAAUGUGCUUUGCCAAAUCUAUGGCCGCGGGGCACGAGCCACGGGCAACGCACCACCCAAAUUAAUGACUUUGAGAGUGAGAGGGCGACGAAUGUGCGAGAGCGGCGGCGCGGCGCUCGGAAAAUCAGCGUGGAAAACCCGCGAGAAGCUAAACUACUUGGUCGAGUCUUGAAAGUAUGUUUUUCAUAUGUCUUCUAGGGUUCUUGUACACCGUGGGUCUAAUUUGCUUUGCUCUCGAUUCCAGCUCUGCAGCUGGAGCCAACUCAUAAAAACACGCUGAGCGCAUCGUAAUCGCAAGCAUUGACUGCUUGCACGCGCGCAAACGUUUCAAUCAUUCGUUCGCUCAUCCGUGCUGCGGUCUUCGGGACGGCUAGCGCAUUCGUGCGGACAAACUCACUGCGUCAGAGUGUGCUCUCAGUCAGCAGGCCUGCGAGAAACGCGCGACGAACUGCAACAACAAUGGCUGCUUGGGACGCGACGCGUGAGCGCUCACUCAAGGCUGGAUCCAAUAACAAGGGCGACGUGCUGUAUUGGAUGGCCCGCGACCAGCGCGCGGCCGACAACUGGGCCCUCCUGAGAGCCGCCGCAUUAGCCAAGGAAAACGGAAGCAAGGCGCGCGUCGUCUUCGCUCUAGGAACGAUAACGACGGAGCGCCGCCUGGACUUCCAGCUGAAGGGCCUGGUCGAGACGGGCCGCGACCUGAACGCGAAGGGCUUCGCGUUCGAUUUGAUCGAAGUGGCGGACGACGCGGGCGCCGCGGUGGCGGCCUUCGCGACGGCGCACGAGGUGAGUCACGUGGUGUGUGACUUCUCGCCGCUGCGCGAGGCGAAGCAAGGGACAAAAGACCUCGUCGACGCUUUACCUGACAAUAUAGGCGCGUCCCUCGUGGACGCGCACAAUGUCGUGCCCGUCUGGGCGGCGUCGCCGAAGCAGGAGGUCGGCGCGCGCACGCUGCGCAAGAAGAUCACGGACCAGCUGCCGCGGUACUUGAAAGAGCUCCCCGAGCUCGAGGCGCAGGGCCCCCCAUUACAACCGACGGUCGACUGGCGGCCCGUCAUCAAGGCCGCGCGCCAGAAGACGGACCGCUCGGUGACGCCCGUCGACUGGCUGACGCCGGGGAGCAAGGCAUCACUGGAUGCGCUCGAGGCCUUCUGCGGCGACGGGCGCCUCAAGCGCUUCGCGAAGCAUCGGAACGACCCGAACGUCGAGGCGGCCUCGCACCUGUCGCCCUACUUGAAUUUCGGGCAGCUCUCGUGCCAGCGCGCGGCGCUGCGCGUCCGCGAGGAGCGGUCCAAGCACAGCGAGUCCGUCGCGUCUUUUCUGGAAGAGCAGAUCGUGCGCCGCGAACUGUCGGACAACUUCUGCCACUACCAGCCGCACUACGACUCGCUGGCGGGCGCGGCGCCGUGGGCGCGCGACUCGCUGGAAUUGCACGCGAAUGAUACAAGGGAGCACGUGUACGGUCGAGACGCGCUGGAGCAGGCCGAGGCCGCCGAGGACGUCUGGAACGCGGCGCAGCGUCAAUUAGUGAGACAGGGCAAGAUGCACGGGUUCAUGCGCACGUCCGUGUGGAAAGCAACCGGUGCCGACGGAACGCGCCGUAAAACUUUGAUGUCCACGCAGGCGCAUGUACUGGGCGAAGAAGAUUCUCGAGUGGACGGCGUCGCCGGCCGAGGCGCUGGCGACGGCGCUGUACCUGAACGACAAGUACUCGUUGGAUGGGUGCGACCCGAACGGCUUCGUGGGCUGCGCCUGGAGCGUCAUGGGCACGCACGACAUGGGCUGGAAGGAGCGCGAGGUCUUCGGCAAGGUCCGCUACAUGAACUACAACGGGUGCAAGCGCAAGUUCGACGUCGCGGCCUACGUGGCCGCCUGGCCGAAGGCGCCGCAGAAGUCCAUGGCCGCCUUCGCGCGGCCGGCGAAGAAGCAGAAGAAGUGAGUGUCUGUGCCCCCCCCCUCCCCGAAGUGUACGCGUGUAAGACUGAAACUUGAA